AUGAAAGAUGCAAUUUGGUACUAUAUGACCAAUGGACUCAUCAGUCAUCAUACAUAUGGGAAGAAGAUAUCACAUUUGUACACAGAAAAAAGGAAUUUAAAAGCAAGGAAGUUAAGUCACAAGCUUUGCCAACCUUCAGGAUAUUUAAAGGUCCAACAAAAACAAGAAUACUAUAAGAGGAAAAUGUUCAACUGCUUCAAACCAAGAAAAAACCCAAGGGAAACAAUAGAAAAGAUGCAAAAUGCAAACAAGAAUAAGGGCAAUAUAGCACAAAGAUGGAGCCUUCUUAGUGGGAGUAACAAUUGGGAAGGCUUAUUAGAUCCACUUGACAAUGAUCUUCGUCAGUACCUCAUUCACUACGGGGAAAUGGCACAAGCAACUCGAGACGCCUUCAACAACGACAAGGCCUCUAAGUACGCUGGAAGUUGCAGAUACUCUAAGAAGAACCUCUUUUCUCAAACGGGGAUUGCAAUGUCGAAUCCAUUCAAGUAUGAGGUAACCAAAUAUUUUUACGCGACAUCAUCAAUACAUGUUCCAGAAGCAUUCAUCAUAAAAUCAUUGUCAAGGGAAGCUUGGAGUAAAGAGUCAAAUUGGAUUGGUUUUGUUGCUGUGGCUACUGAUGAGGGGAAAAUUGCAUUAGGAAGAAGGGAUAUAGUGAUUGCAUGGAGAGGCAGUGUUCCGGCUUUGGAAUGGAUUAGUGAUUUUGAAUUUUUUAAAGUCUCAGCCCCUAUAAUAUUUGGUGAAGAAUCUGAACCUAGGGUUCAUCAAGGAUGGUAUUCCAUUUAUACUUCAGAUGAUCCACGAUCACCAUUCAAUAAAGCCAGUGCUAGAGAUCAGGUGUUUGGUGAAGUUCAAAGAUUGGUGGAACAAUACAAGAAUGAAGAAAUUACCAUAACUGUAAUAGGGAAUAGCAUGGGGGCAGCACUCGCGACACUAAAUGCAGUAGAUAUUGUUUUCAAUGGAAUUAACAAGGGAGUUCCAGUCACUGCAUUUCUAUUUGCAAGUCCAAAGGUGGGAGAUGAAAAUUUCAAGGAAAACUUCUCAGAACUCGAAUAUCUUCGAGCUCUGAGAGUCCGAAAUAUUCCAGAUAUAAUUCCAGAUUGUCCGUUGAUUGGCUACUCAGAAGUUGGUAUCGAAUUAGACAUUGACACUAGGGAAUCGGGCUAUCUAAAAGAUCCUGGAGAUGAUAACACUUGGCAUAACCUGGAAUGUUACUUGCAUGGAAUUGCUGGAACGCAAGGAUCCGAAGGAGGGUUCAAGUUAGAAGUGGAACGCGAUAUUUCACUUGUUAACAAGUAUUUGGACACGUUAAAAGAUGAAUAUGGUGUACCAACUUCAUGGUGGGUUGUGAAGAAUAAAGGAAUGGUUCAACAGCAAAAUGGAUCUUGGAUUCUCAUGGAUCAUGAAGAUGAUGAUUUGUAAUUCUU